AUGGCUACCACGCAUUUCGCCGAAUCUGAUUUUGUUGAGCCUAAUGGCUCGGUAUUUCUUGGUGAUCGUGUGGUCACAUCGUUUCCUCGACAUGAGGUUGUGAAACUUGAUGCUGAUUCGUUCAUUCAGUGGCAGCAGCAGAUCCGUCUCAUUCUUCGUGGUUACGAAUUGCUCGAUUUUCUUGAUGGUACGUUGACGGCUCUGCCGAGGUUUGUCCAGUCCUCCGAUGGUACUCUUGUCGCCAAUCCGUCUGCAUCAAUUUUUGAUCAACAAGAUAAUCUACUUACCUCGUGGCUGUUGUCCACGAUAAGCUACUCUUUUUUGUCUUCCUUCACGAACGUUUGGACUGCCGGUGAUGUCAGGAUCAUGGCAAAUAGCUUGUUCGCAGCCAAUACUAGUGUGAAGCAGUUGCAGUUGCACCAUGAGCUUUAUUCUCUCCGGAAAGGUAAUCUCUCUAUUCGGUUGUAUGUUGACAAGAUCAAAAACUUGUGCACUCUCUUUGCAGCGUCUGGAUCUCCGAUCUCAGAGGCUGCACGGACGGCGGUUCUCCUUGCCGGAAUCUCCUUUAAGUUAGAGGCCAUCGUCUCUUCUGCGUCGCUCUCCCCGUCCGUUCAUGAUGUUUUGGUUGCUGCGAAUAUUGUGGAGAGGACUCAGUUGCAGCUGACGGACGGGGCUUUUCGUGGUGGUCGCUCAUCUGUUCAUGGCCGUGGUCGAAGCUUUCGUCGACGAAUCCAAUGUCAGAUCUACAAUAGGUUUGGUCAUCUCGUGCAGCGGUGUUACUACAGAUAUGAUCGUGAUGGGCAGUCGCAGUUGGAAGCACCGGUGGUGCGACAUGGCGGAUCUGCGUUUGGUGUGGUUAGGGGAGAGUUAGAGCGUGAGAACAAACCUCCUUAG